AUGUGGAGGAUACGUGUGCUGAGCCCAUGUUUGUUGAGGAUCACAUGAGUCAGGCUGGAGGACUACAGCUGAAAAUCUCCAAUGUGAGGAGCUUGUGUAUGGAGCAGAGUGCCAGCCACGACACUGAUGUUGUUGCUUCCAGUAGUCCAACUUCAACUUUCUCUGCCGAUCUAGUCGCAAGUUCAGGAUCUGUUGUCAGGGCCAGCUGGGAUCACGGUGAAAGUUCUGAUCCCUCGACUUGCCCUCAUAGGCCACUGACUUCCUGUUCCCCGGUACAACAGACAAGUGAUAUGCUGAGAAGACAAGAUCAAAGUUCAAGCUGCAGAUUUCAGAUAGGACAAAGGGUCUAUGAAGUUUGUGGUGCCACGUUAACAUGUGACAGAAAUCUACGGGAUCAGAAAAGAAUACACACAGAGGAAAAGCCUUACAAGUGUGAAGUUUGUGGUGCCACGUUUACACGUGGUCACUGUCUAAAGCGUCACAAAAGAAUACAUACCGGUACACGAGAAAAACCUUACAAGUGUGAAGUUUGUGGUGCCACGUUUACACUAAGCGGACUUCUACAGAGGCACAAAAGAACACACACAGGAGAAAAACCUUACAAGUGUGAAGUUUGUGGUGCAGAUUUUACACUUGGUAGCAGUCUACAGCUUCACAAAAGAACACACACAGGAGAAAAACCUUACAAGUGUGAAGUUUGUGGUGCCACUUUUACAAAGGGUAGCAAUCUAAAGGUUCACAAAAGAAUACAUACCGGUACACGAGAAAAACCUUACAAGUGUGAAUUUUGUGGUGCCACUUUUACACGUAUUAACAAUUUAACGGUUCACAAAAGAAUACAUACCGGUACACGAGAAAAAUCUUACAAGUGUGAAGUUUGUGGUGCCACGUUUACACGGAGCGGACAUCUACAGCGUCACAAAAGAAUUCACACAGGAGAAAAACCUUACAAGUGUGAAGUUUGUGGUGUCACUUUUACACAGAGCGGACAUCUACAAAGUCACAAAAGAAUUCACACAGGAGAAAAACCUUACAAGUGUGAAGUUUGUGGUGCCACUUUUACACAUGGUAGCAAUCUAAAGGUUCACAAAAGAAUACAUACUGGUACACGAGAAAAACCUUGCAAGUGUGAAGUUUGUGGUGCCACGUUUACACAGCGUAGCAGUCUACACAAUCACAAGAGAAUACAUUCAGGAGAAAAACCUUACAAAUGUGAAGUUUGUGGUGCCACUUUUACACAGAGCGGACUUCUACAGAAGCACAAAAUAACACACACAGGAGAAAAACCUUACAAGUGUGAAGUUUGUGGUGCAGAUUUUACAAGUGGUAUCAGUCUACAGCGUCACAAAAGAACACACACAGGAGAAAAACCUUACAAGUGUGAAGUUUGUAGUGCCACUUUUACACAGAGCGGACAUCUACAAUGUCACAAAAGAAUUCACACAGGAGAAAAACCUUACAAGUGUGAAGUUUGUGGUGCCUCUUUUACACAUGGUAGCAAUCUAAAGGUUCACAAAAGAAUACAUACCGGUACACAAGAAAAACCUUACAAGUGUGAAGUUUGUGGUGCCACGUUUACACACACUGGCAGUCUUUUUCGUCACAAAAGAAUACACACAGGGGAAAACCCUUACAAGUGUGACGUUUCUGGUGCCUCAUUUACAUGCAGUAGCAGUCUACAGAUUCACAAGAGAACACACACAAGAGAAAAACCUAAGUGUGAACUUUCUGGUGACAUCGGUGCUGUGGAGAGAGUCUGUGACUUCCAUCAGAACAUAGCAGGUGACCAGCAGAUGGACAACAGAAAUCUCUACAAAGAUCGAGACAUGAGUUUAAAUGACUGUGCUUUUGCAAGUGAAACGAAAGCUGAUGAUAUUGGUGUGGAAAGUGAUGUGUGUAAGAUUGUUUCACAAACAGGGCCAGGAAAUCGUCUUAACGUAAGUUCAAAGCAUGAGUCUGGCGGCAAAAGUCGUAUGUCUUGUGAUAGUAAACAGUCCAUGGGACAAGGUCCCGAUUUCAACCUUUCUUGUGCUAAGUCUUUUGCCAGUUGUAUAAAUUCUACGGAAUCUUCUAGUACCACACCCCCAAAAGUGUACAAAGAGAUGGGUGCUGGUUGCCAAGAUGUGUCCACGUGGCCGGCCCAUCUGGCUCGUGUUCUCUGGGGGGGGGAUGUAGAUCCUGGGGAUUCCGGCCCGCUCUAGAAGAUCCGUGUCUGGGGCUUUGUCCUGCCAUCUGAUGCGGAGGAUUUUACGGAGACAGCUCAGGUGGAGUCGAUUGAGCUGCUUGGCGUGUUUGUUGUAGACAGUCGAUGUCUCGCUGGCGUAAAGUAGGAUGGUAAGAACCACCGCCCGGUACACCUUCAGCUUUGUGGAGAGACUGAGUCCUCUGUGCUCCCAGACAUUUUGGCUGAGUCUCCUGAAAGCGGCGCUGACCUUGGCAACUCUGUUGUUGAUUUCAACAUCCAUGUGGCGGAAAAUACCGUACUGAAGAGAGUUGGGGCAAGGACACACCCUUGUUUGACGCCAUUGGUCACAGGGAAGGUGUCUGACUCGUCUCCGUCUUCUAGAACCUUCACCAUUACACCGUCGUGAAGCUGUCUGACGAUGGUGAUGAACUUACUUGGGCUCGGUACUUCUUCGUGAUCCACCUCAGUCCUUCUGUGCUGACAGUGUCGAAGGCCUUCGUUAAAUUCACAAAGGUCAUGAAUAAGUCAAAGUGUUGCUCCUGGCAUUUUUCCUGGAAUUGGCGGGCAGUAAAGAUCAUGUCUGUGGUCCCCUGUUUUGCCCGGAAUCCGCACUGAGUCUCUGGGAGGAGUCCCUGUUCAAGAUGGUGUGUGUGUUUGUGUGUGUGCAUGUUUUUAUUUUGUGUGUGUGUUUGUGUAUGUGUGGGCAUAUUAUGAAAAGAGUCUUAUUAACUAAUGCCGUGUUUUAUGAGAAUGUCAGAUCAAUGUUAACUUCAGUUUGUUGUCAUUGUAUUGAACAAAUCAUUACAUAGAAUUGAGGGGAGUUUUUAAUGUAUAAACUUUGAAUUUCGGUGUAAAUAUGCCUCUUUAUUGGAAAGUGUUUUGUGCCAAGGACAUUAUAUUAGUGUAUUUUAAUGUUUGGGUCCUAACUGAAGUAUGUCGUCUUUGUUAUGAUCCGAUGUGUUAUGUGUCAUGAAGGUUAUGAAAAACCUGAAACUUAUUUGUAACAAUGACAUACCGUACUGUAUGUUCUUAAUUGUCAAAGAAAGUUUACACAGUUGGUAGUUUACUUAUACUGUGGAGUAUGCUUAAAGUGAACUCUUUGGGACCAGGAGAAAGAGUUCACUUUAUCCGAGGUUCAGUUUUUCCCAUUUUGGUAGCGUGGAGGCCUAGAGACGGUAGCUACGCGCAGUGGUGGGUCUAUGGUGAAGGUGGGGUGGGGGAUGGGUUGACAACACAGCGGGCGAGCCUAGACUAGAACUCUUUCUUUCUGAUUGAGAUUGACGUUGCCAAUGCCGAGCUGGGAUUGUUUACCCCCCGGGGCAGUGCCACUGACUGAAGUAUCUUUAGGCCAUUCCCAAAGGGGGGACAUUUCUCGUUCAA